AUGGCAGCGCGUUUGGAGGAGGACUUUACCCCUGCGCAAUGUUCGAUUCACAUCGAUGGCGUCCCAUCCCAGCAGGAGCGGAAUGAGCAUAUCAGGCGAAGGAACAGACUGACAGCGGACCUCAAGACGUUGAAGGCGAACUUGAAAGUCAUGGGCGCGAAGUCGUCGAACAGCCAAUGGAUCUCCAUCAAGACCCGCAACUCUAUCGACCAGACCCGAUUCAAGCCAUCGGAACUCAUCUUUUUGGGUCUCGAGGAGAAAGCGCUCCAACUGCAGCCAGGAGAUGAGGCUGCCGAUGAGGACAUGCUCAGCUUUGAUUUCAACAUUGCAUCACCGCAGUUCCGGCACCUCAAGCUGCAGCGAUUUGCCGUCGCUGCAUAUCAGCAUGCGAGUAGAAGUGCGGUUCCCUUCGGCGUUGCGAGGAACUCAAAGCGUAAUCAGUUCCGGCCAAUCUUUUCAGACAAGAAAUCGAUCCUACCACGACAAUCGAUUGACUUCUCGACUGCCGUACCUCACGAUCGCCCACAGCCAAAAGCAAAGCCCCGUGUCAAGACUCCGAAGGCAGUCGUGAAGAAAAAGAACAAGAAAAAGAGGAAGAAGGGGGCACUGCCGAGGAAACGGAAAGGGGUGGGCUCCGCCGACCCAUCGAACCCAAGGCGCGCUUCUGCAACUGCCGCGGACCGCCGCCUCCGCAAGCUGCAUAUAGCCAAGGCACUCACUGUAGGGAAUAUCCAGGCCAACAUAAAGCCAAUGGAUUCGAUCUUGGUUGCAGAAAGCAAGCUCCUUUCAGACAGGCUACGUUCAACGGCUACAUUCCUUAACAAGAUCCAGAUGCAUAUGUACGAGGCCAUUGCCCUGGAUAUCGCGCGGCUUGUUCGUUCUAAAGACACAGCGACAGAUGUGGCACAGCGGAAGGAGGACAUUGCAGACAUUCUCGACAGCAAGGCCUUCUACUUUGCACUCAACACACUCUUCUGCAGUAGUCAAGAAGGACGAGAUUCUCAGGUUGUUCAAGUAUCGGUUGCCCCUGCGCGCAGGAUGAGCACUCGAAAUACGCCAUUGGUCCCUGCUGUCCCGCAACCACAAGUACAGGCACAAGCACAAGCACAACCAACAGCCACCCAUGCCCGACGUGUCUUUGAUGCGUACACGACGCUCGCCGGCUUUGUCCCCUUUCGCCGACAUGAACCAGAGAUGUUCCCUUCGAUGACCUCGAGGCUUGCUGUUGCGGCAGUCUACAAUGCACGCCCCGGAACUGUCAAUCCGAUCGACUACUUCUUCGAAAAGAAUACUGCGAAGCGCAUGUUUGCAGACUUUGUCAAGGCAAAGUUUGCAGCUGGCUUCGUGUUCCUGAAGGUUUCGUUUCAGAGUGACAGACAGCACUACACAAGGUUCAAGUUUCGGGGCAUCAUCUGCACGAACGGACUAGUGUUGCAUCUUCUUACGCAUGGCACAACGACAGCGCGACGCCGAGCAUCCCGCCAAAACAUUAAGGGUGAUGACGAUGAUGAAGGAGAACAUGACGACGACGACGAUGAUUUGACCCUGUUCUACGAUGUUAACGGUGACUAUGACCUCGACGACGCGUUUCUUGAAAGUGGAGGGGACGACCCUGGCAGAGAUCCGGCCGCAGUAGUGGCAGGAUCCGUCAAGAAGAAACGCAUCACGCUCCCGUUUUCGCUGCCAGAAAGUUCAAAGCAGCAGAGGCUGCCGAUACAUCAACUGUCACCCGCAGACCCUACUGCGACUACUUCGUCCUUACCCGGCUCAGAAGCCUCAUCUGGUCCAGCGUCAGGCGCAGAUACGAUCGAUGUCAUACGCAACACCACCAACUAG